GAAUUAUUUCAUGCCUCGUCAACGUAUCGACUUCACACCUGUACACAGGAGUGAAUGUAAUAAACGUUCUAAUGGCAUCUUAUCUCACGAUCUUGAGUGUUCUCAUACCAAUCAGUCUGAGCAAAAAUAUUUAAUGAGAGGUAGAAGUCGUGAUCGUUACUGUUGGAAUUAUGAUUCAAGUAGUAGCAGUAGAAGUUCGUCAAGAGAUGACCUUGAUCAAAGUCAUUAUUCUUCAAUAUAUCAAAGUCAACGUUCUCACAGUAAAAACAGAAGGCGCGAAAGAUCUCCUGAUGACCAUAUUAAACCAAGAAGGCAUCACCUCUAUGAACGUCGAAGAAAUCACGAAUCUUACUCGCAUCACCCUGUUUGCACAACGCUUGAACCACCUUACGUACAAAACCUAAUGAAACAAAUUAACAAUUUAAGUCUCCAACUGGAAAUAAUGCAAACUAAAAUAUCAGGUGCACCGCCAAUUCAAACUUCUCCACCUCUUGCAUCUACCAAUGUACAGAAUGAAAAUGAAAAUCAACAAAAUGCAACUAUGCUACUACUUGAAGCUCCCUCUCAUUUAGAAACAUCACCAGAAAUUCAUGAAUCUUUAAUUCCGUCUCCUAAAAAUCUGGAACCCUUUCCAUCAUCUUUCAAUAAAACAAGAAAAAUGCCUUCCCAAAUAAACAAUGAAGUCGGGCAAGUCAAUCAAUCCACACAAUCGCCUCUUGAACCCAUGAAUUCCGUUUUUAAGCAAACUUUUCAUGAUGAAAUUGUUAAAAUUUUGGAUCAUUUACCAACUGAGCAACAAUUUGACGUUACUAAAAAUUUUACCCAACAAUUAAAUCAUGUAACUUAUGUUACUGUUCCUGCCGUUAAAGCUUUAAUUAGUCCUAGAUUAGUGUUCACUGAUAAUGAACUAAUCGCAAUAAUAAGACAACUCCAUAAAAGUCGUAGGGGAAAGUGGAAAAGUCGUGAGAAAUUAGAAUCACAUAGGGCACGUCGUCGUAUCAGUUCACGGACCAAACGAAAAAUAUUUAGUCGAAUUCGUGGAUUACAACAUAUGGUUCGUGUAGGUGAUUCAAUUCUUAAUGAAUGUCAACCACCUACACUCAAUUGGGAUGAAUAUCUUCGUGAUUUGGAACGCGCUGUAAAUGAUCCCGCAUUGCAAUCAUGUGAAGAAUCUGAUACUGAUGAAGCUUUGGCAAAUCAAGAAAGUGAUGAACGCCCAACGAUUAUUCGGAAUAACAAUAGAGUUAUAAAGGUUUAUGAUAAACCAUGGAGAUCUACCAGA